AAGCAUGAGGACACAUGGAUUCUUCCGUUUCAUUGCCUCCGCAAAAUUUAAAUUCCGCCGUAAGCGAUUUCGAAAACCGUUAAAGGUUAUGCUCUUCGCUUUAAUGUUCUGUUAUUAUGGCCAACGGAUUUUUGGCUUCCUCCAUCCUCCUCACAGCGACGAAUACAACUUCGCCAUAGCCUCUGAUGACGAGUCAGAGUUAUGGCUCAGUCCUAGCCGCAAAGCGGUGCAGUUAUCCAGCGUCUACCCUGCUGAUGAUAGCAGUGCGUUGACUUAUAAAAAUUUGCGGAUCUGGCCCAACAAAAUUGCUAACGGGGACAAAAUUCAUGCAGUCACGGAUGAGAUAAUUACGUCGUUAAACCAUAAAACCUCAAAGAAAUAUUUUCUGAAGAGAAUUCACAAGGUUUUAAACAUCCCAGAUCCAGUUCAUGGCGAUCUUUAUUCUGUAGAUCUUGAGCUCGGUUUACAAGACGUCAGUCAAUCAUUUCGUUUAUCAGAGCAUGUGUUUGGUAAGGAUGCCAACCACAACUUGUGUUUUCCUCGAGGUAUGAGCUGGAACAAUAAAGCUAAGGUGUACUUUAUUCUCCCUGUCAAGGAACAAGGAAGAUGGGUGUAUCAUUUUAUAAACGAAAUCACAAUAGCCAGCUCUUUAACGGGCGAUACGAACUUUCAUGUCAUUGUUGUUGACUUUGAAAGCGAGGAUAUUGACAUGACAAAGGCAUUUAACAGCACUCUUCUUCAUAACAGACACACGAUUAUUCCAUUAAAAGGGAAAUUUUACAAGACACUGGCUUUGAACAAAGCUGUUGAGCAUAUUCCAAGUAUACAUGACGUUUUGUUUUUGUUUGAUCUCCAUAUCGACGUUCCCUUGGACAUAUUGGACAGCGUUCGUAAGAACACUGUAGAAGGACAUCUUGUUUACGCUCCCAUUGUAGGCCGGUUGCACUGUGGCAGUACGUAUGUAGAUCAUAAAGGUUAUUGGGAAAUGGAAGGAUUCGGCUUAAUGAGCAUUUAUAAAUCAGACUGGGUGAGGUUUGGAGGAAUGAACACCAAGGACUACAAUUACAAAUGGGGCGGAGAGGACUGGGACUUACUCGACCGUGUCAUCAAUGCUGAGUUAAAAGUUGUUCGAAUAAAGCACCCGGGUCUAUAUCAUCAUUAUCAUACAAAACACAAAUCUUGGAAUUAACAUACGCCGUGCAAGUGAGUCCAACAUAGAGAAUUACGAACUCCCGUUCCGUCAGCCGUUAUGAAAGCGCAAGUUCAAUAUGCUUGACGGCGUGCCGUGCGGGAGCCAAGGAAACUGGGUCUAUUACACGAAAUCGAGGCUUGCCAGGGGACUCCCCAGAGUAAAAAAGAAAACAAUGAUAGGAGGCCCUUUUUCCUUUGAGGAGGAGCACCGAUGGUGUCGCUGUGAGUCAGCAAUGCGGUUUUAAUGUCUCUCCAGAUGGUUGAUUUGCAAUUGUUUGCUCUGUAAUAUCUUUAACCUUAUUUCAGAUUCUCCGAAGAGAUACUUGAAAUAUUUAUGUCUUAUUUGGACCAUUUGAGGGCUACCAACACAGAACUGAAGUUAUCUCUACCAAAACAAAGUCCUUGUAAAACUCCAUAUUUUAGUUAUUGACUCUUCCGUUAACCUGACUCAAUUGCAUUGUGAUCAGCUAGUUUUUGUCAUCCGAUAAUACAACUUCAAGGGUACCUUCACUUAAUAGGUUGCAAAUAUUUUUUAGUACGAUUCUUAACGAUGUAAUUGCAAUAAUGUGAACUAAACACACAAACUACUUUUCCAAAAAAUAUACUGUAUUUGUAGGAUGA